AUGUCGGCCGAAUCCCAACCCAUCUCAGCAGAGCGAUUUGCUCUGGCUAUUCAAGACCUUCCUGCCGAGAACUUGUACUCCAAGGCCCAGGAGAUCGAAAAUUCGAUUGCGCACCUCGAACGCUCAAAUAGGCAACUUCAAGAAUACAUCGAUAGUAUCAGAUCAGACACUAGCCUUUCGGAAAGUACGAGGCAAGAGGGGGACAAAGACUGCUCGGACGCAAUCCAAGAGAACCAUAUCGUGAUCGAACGACAAAAGGAGAGGGUAGAGCUGUUGAAACGUGAGGUUGAGAGAAGGGGAGGGAAGUGGCACGAAGCUGACACCAAUGGGAAGUUGAACGGUGCUCCAGAGGAGGCGGCAACAAGUUCGACGGAGACGGAGCGGAUCGCAGGUGGGAGAUUGACGGACGAGGAGUUAAGGCGACAAAUGAUGGAUCGGCUCGGAGGCGGCGACGACGAUGAUGACAACGAAGAUGGAAUGCAUUUGUGA